AUGUCCCCCCGAACCUAUGGCGGCUUGGUCAAGAUCGAGUCGGAUGCUGCCAACCAACGUGAAGCAUUCAUAGUUGGGCUCGACUUUGGCACCACAUGCUCGGGAGUUGCCUAUGCCUCGACCGGCAAUCCUGACCUCAUCCAGGUCGUGAUUGGUUGGCCCGUCCACGACGGUCCCCGCAAUACAGAGGGUGAGAAAACCGCAACGGCCAUUCGAUAUGUCCGCUCCGGAAAGGUCACAUCCAUCCAAUGGGGUGGCACCAUUCACGAUGAUGAGGAAGCUCUUCGCUGGUUCAAGCUGCUGCUGGCAGAACUUGGCAACAAAUAUCGCAAGGCCGAACAUAUCCUGCACGUGGAGGACAAGAUCGCACGGCUGAACAAACAGCCUGGGCAGGUAAUCGCAGACUACCUCGGAAAGCUCUGGGAGAAGGCCAUCGAAUCCAUCGACAAUGAGGUUGGAUCCUUUGAGAAUGCUAGGCUCCAUAUCGUCAUGACCAUUCCCGCAAUUUGGACUGGCCAGGCUCAGGAUGCAAUGGAAGCCGCCGCCAGACAAGCCGGGCUCCUCAAGAAGCCUGGCACCAAACUCAGCUUCAUUUCUGAGCCGGAGGCCGCUGCCAUGGCCACGUUGAGAGACGCGAUGGGGAGAGCUGAUCUUAGAGUUGGGGAUUCUUUCAUCGUCGUUGAUUGCGGUGGCGGUACCACCGAUCUCAUCAGCUACAGGAUACUGAAACUCGACCCUCUCACCGUGGAGGAGGUCGCUGAGGGUGCCGGUGAUGUCUGUGGUGCGAGAGACUGCGAUGCCAAAUUCGAGGCCGUUCUCAAGCAGAAAUUCGGCGAAGACUAUUGGGAACGUCUCCCGAAGUCGAACCUCCGGGAGAUCAUCCGCGAUCACUGGGAAUUCGGCAUGAAACGCAUAUACGGCCUGGAUUCGACCAAGCCAUUCUCCAUCCCAGUACCGUGGGAGUGCUGGGGUGGUUCACAGAACCCCGUCGGCGACGACCUGCCUAUCAUCACAUUCGAGCGACUUGAAAUCGAGGACAUCUUCGAGCCGACCUUUACAAAGAUCUUGGAGCUGGUCACUGAACAGAUCAAGCGCGUUCAGGGCAAGACUCGCACGCCACCGAAGUACAUCAUGCUGGUCGGUGGCUUUGGUCGCUGCGGACACCUCUUUGAGAGAAUGAAGGAGCAUGUGUCGACGACCAAGAUCAAGGUGCUUCAAGCGAAGCACGCACUGCCAUGGACUGCAGUUUGUCGAGGCGCAGUCAUCCACGGACUGAAUCAGCAAAAGACUUCGUCCAAGCAAAAGGUCGCGAUCGAAUCACGAAUUGCCAGGGCCAGCUAUGGCAUCUGUCAGGACGAGGAACAAGGACGCGGUGCUAUGAAGGACUUGGAGUAUGAUGAGCUGCUGGGGCGCAACAUUGCCCGGAACCAAAUGAAAUGGCUUAUACGCAAGGGCAAUAAGCUCUCCACCAAGAAGGCCAGCCAGGGCAAAUUCAGCAUGUGUGUGGCCAAGGACGAGAGGCCGAGUAAGCACAAGAUCUACACCUCCAACAAGAGCCCUCCGCCCAAGCGUCGUGAUGCAAAUGUCCAGGAAUUCUGCGUGGUCAGGUUCGACCCGAAGAAGGCCCAAAAGAUCAUCAACUUUGAUGACUUGGACCCCAUGACUUCUGAGGAUGGCGAGACUUUCUACAACUUGGAGUUCGAGUACGAUAUGACUUUUCACUGCGGAAAGUUCGAGUUUGCAGUCUUCUACAAAGGCGAAGUCAUUGGCCGGGCCGGGGCGACGAUGGAAUACUAG